AUGCCCGGUGUCCUGGACGAUGCCCGUCAUAACAGCACCAGCAGCCUUCCGAGAUCCACGUCCCAUUCAUACAGCAGCAACGGCAUACCUAGCAGGCUAUCAAGCGACUUGUCGCGAAGAGAUUCGGGCGAGAAAGCGACGCCUGGACUGGAUGAUAUACCGGGAGGGUGGCCGCAGACGCCAGGAAGUCUGCUGAAUGGAGGUGUGAGGGAUAGCAAGGAUGGCAGUGCGCCCAACGGACUUAACGGGGCUCUUAUAGGCGACAGACCUUCAAGCAUCAAAGCCUCUUCUUUAAGCUCACGUACCAGGCGGACGAGCGGCGUUGAGAAUGAGAAGAAGGCUGGCGAGGUGGUGAAGGAUCCUGUGUCGCGACCUGGUGCUGCAGAAGAGGGCUACUUCACUGUGCCACCAAAUGGCAAGACGGCUCCAGCAAGGUCGCCAUUGAGUAAGCCGAGCGCAAUGCCCGGCGAAUCCAUGUCAGCUCCUUACGGGCGCGUCGUAUCUGGACCACAGCCGACAACACCAGGCCUCACACUCCCACCUCUGGUGGAGAGCACGCCUUUUCAACCAUCUCCGUCUGUCGUACCUGACUAUUGUUUGCUGAAGCCACCAUCACCAAAGAAGCACCGCGCAUCUUCACCACCAGCCUUCUCACAUUCGCCUGCGCCAUUGUCUUCGGCAUUAUCGCAUACGACAUCUCUCUCGCCAGCAAGACCUAGCAGGCUCGAGCAGCGGCAUACCCUGGAAGUGCCAAAAGUCAGUACCGCACGUGUCUCUACCGAUAGCAAUCAUCCAUCGAACACAGGAUCAGAUGGUGCCGUUGUGUCAGCCACAGGACGAUUCUCUCCCACAACACCAACCCGAAGACGAGGAUCUCUGCAAUUAGCCAGGCGAGUUACCCGUUCAGUUCACUCCCACUCAGACAUGCAGCUCGAUCAAGUGCCGCUGGAUGAAGAUGCUGCUCGUUGGGCAGAGGCGAUCAAAUUAAAGCGCGCAUCUAAGAAACAGCGCGCCGACACGGAUGAUGAGCGCGUUGUGGUUGGCACAAAAGUUGACGAGCAUCACCAAAACUACGUCCUCGCAUACAACAUGCUUGGAGGCAUUCGGUUUUGUGUUAGCAGGGUACAGGCCAAGAUCGAACGCGAGCUCACCGAGGCCGAUUUCCUUAGUUCAUCGAAGCACGCCUUAGGUAUGAACGGGGAUGAGUUGACGCCAAGCUCGAAGUACGACUACAAAUUCAAGGACUAUGCGCCCUGGGUGUUCCGCCAAAUCCGGACUGCUUUCGGCAUCGAUCCUGCAGACUACCUGGUCUCUCUGACUGCUAAGUACAUUCUGUCUGAGCUUGGAUCUCCUGGCAAAAGUGGCUCUUUCUUCUACUUCUCCCGGGACUACAAGUACAUCAUCAAAACCAUCCACCACGCCGAGAACAAGUUCCUGAGGAAGAUCUUGCCCGACUAUUACAACUAUGUCCUCGAGAACCCAAACACACUACUUUCACAGUUCUAUGGACUGCACCGCGUAAAGCUACCCUACGGCAAGAAGGUCCACUUCGUGAUCAUGAACAACCUCUUUCCGCCACAUCGUGAUAUUCACCGGACGUUCGAUCUCAAAGGUAGCACAAUUGGGCGUGACUUUCGGGAAGUCGAUCUCGAAAAGAACCCUCGAGCCACACUCAAGGACCUCAAUUGGCUACGGCGGAAUCUGCAUCUUGAGUUCGGUCCGACGAAGAAAGAGGCUUUUGUGGCGCAGAUGCAGAAGGAUGUAGCGCUCCUGCAGCGACUCAAGAUUAUGGAUUACUCGAUGUUGGUAGGGAUUCACGAUCUGGAGCGUGGCAAUGAGGAGAACUUGCGGGACAAGACUUUGCAGGUCUUCCAGCCUGGUGGGUCGAAGGCCGAGGAGCCACAGAUGCGUGCGUUGGCGCGGACGCCGAGUAAACUAGAACACGCUGCACGAGCCCGACAACUUCGAGAGACUGUGAAUAGGGAGAGGCCUGUACCGAUGGCUCAGACCAUCGACAAGCUGCCGGACGAGUCACAUCGAAAGAGCUUCUACUUUUACGCCGAUGAGGGCGGGUUUCGGGCAACGCACGAGGACGAUCACAAUGGCGAGGAGAUCUACUACCUUGGCAUCAUCGAUUGUCUGACUCGGUAUAACUUCGUCAAGAAAGCCGAGCAUUUCUGGAAAGGUAUGGGCGGCCACGAAUCGCAGAUCUCACCGAUUCCUCCCGAACGAUACGGCGAACGAUUCAUAAGAUUCAUCUCCGGCGUGACCAUGUCUCGCGAGCAAGCGGGGAAAGUGCGCUUCUCGAAUGCACUACAUGAAACGUUUGGCGCCGUAUUACCAGAAGGCAUAGGCUCUCCGGUAGACGAUCCGCAGCUAGGAGGUAUAAACAUGUACCGCCAUCACAUCGAGCAGGACCCGCGCAAUCCUGAUGGUACCGAUGAAGUAAUGGCGAAGGCUGAACAUCAACUUGAGAAGACGAAGCAGGACGAAUCCCACAUACCGGAUCUGUCGCUCUCAGCCGUGAAGGACACACGAGGCUCAGGUGAUCAUACCGAGCAUGCGACGCUACCAGUCAUCGGCGAGGCACAAGAGACGGCGAGCAACGCCAGCCAAACACCCUCAAAGGAGCCUGGUCGGGACGAUCUACUCUCUCGUUCUCCUGUGCUGGGUGGUGCGAAUUCGCCGUCAGAUGAUGCCGGACAAGUUGCUCCACCAACACCACCAAAAGACGAAUCAUUCUAUCGAAGAAAGGACUCUUUGGACCGACGAGAAAGCAACGGUGGCGCACCACCUCCUACACCACCGAAGGAUCGACCACGCGGGAGGACGUUCGAUAAAGACCUCCCUGUACCACCUAUCGCGACGAAGGUCCUAACACAUAGUCCCACACCUAUGGUUCAGGACCAAGGCAUGAGGAAUCGAGCGAGAGGGGCGCAAACGAAGUGA